GGCUAUUAUUGCUUCUGCUCACAACAAUUUGUUUUCAGAAAGUUUAUGACGGUCACAUCACAAUUUGUUGCCAGAAAUAUGGAUAGAUUUACUACUCAAAUUGUCGUGUUUAUGGUGGUUUUGUUGUACUUUUACCCGAGACAUGUUUAUGGAUUUGCGAAUUCAGGAGGAGUUAGAGGAUGAAGUAUGAUCAGGUGCAAAGAAGUUGAAAGAGAAGCACUCCUCAAGUUUAAAGAGGGUCUGUAUGAAAGUGCCUACGCUACUCUACUUUCUUCUUGGGGGAGUGAAGUAGAGAAGAAAGAGUGUUGUGACUGGGUUGGAAUUCGUUGUGACAACACCUCAGAUCAUGUCAUCAUGCUCGACAUUUCUCCUUCAACUUUUGGCAAAAACGAUGAUGACGUAAUUCCUAUUACAGGUAAACAUAUAAGUUCUUCGUUGCUUAAGUUGCCAUAUUUGAACUAUUUGCGCCUCAGUUCCAUUGAUUUGAGUUACACUUACAUCCCAAGUUUUAUUGGUAAUCUUACCAAAUUAUUAUACCUCAAUCUCUCUUACAAUUACAUGACUGGAAAAAUCCCUCCUCAACUCGGAAAUCUUUCCAGCUUGCAGUUUCUUGAUCUUGGAUAUAAUGAUUUGACUAUAAGAAACCUGGAUUGGAUUUCUACCCUUUCUUCUUUAAGACAGCUUGACCUAAGUGGAACAAACUUGGCAAAAAUGGAAAAUUUGAUGCAACCAAUAUGCAAACUUCCUCACCUAACAAAUUUGAAGUUAGCUGGUUGCAAUCUUCAUGACAUAACGCCUUCAUUUGUUUCUCUCAUUAACUCUUCAACAUCUCUUUCUAUUCUUGAUCUCUCUGGGAAUCAUCUAUCUAUUUAUACAUACCAAAGUCUGUUUAGCUUCCUGCCCAACCUUGUUCAUCUUGAUCUCUCUUAUAACAUGUUAAGUUCUAUUCCACAAGCUUAUCGAAACAUGACUGCAAUAACAUACCUUGAUCUUUCUCAUAAUGUGGUAGAGGGUUCGAUUCCAAAAUCUUUUGGAUAUUUGACUGCUCUAGCAUACCUUGAUCUUUCCUUUAAUUAUAAUGUACAUGGUAAAAUUCCAAACACUUUUGGAAACAUGACUUCCCUUGAAUACAUUUCUCUAUCUUAUAAUCAUUUACAAGGUUACAUUCCUAAUGGUUUUGGUCACAUGGUUUCACUUGCAUCUCUUGACCUCAGUUUUAAUGAAUUAGAAGGUUGUAUUCCUAAUGAUUUUGGAAACAUGAUUGCCUUAGAACACCUCGAUCUUGAAUUUAAUAAUCUCAUUGGUGAAAUUCCCAAAUCACUUUGGAAUAUAUGUACACUACAAAAAUUUGAGGCAAGUACCAACAAUCUUAGUGGAUGGCUCCCUGAUCUUAGUCAAUUUCCGUCGAGGUCAUGUGCUCAUUAUUGCUUAGAGUAUUUAGGUUUAAGCUUCAACAAAUUGACUGGAUUAUUUGUCGAUGAUACACUUCUUUCAUCUUUGAAAGAGUUGCGGCUUAAUUCUAAUCAAUUACAAGGACUUGUACCCGAAAGUAUUGGCAAUUUGAGGCAUUUGGGGAUUUUGGAUCUAUCUAUGAACUCACUUGAAGGUGUGAUUUGUGAAGCUCAUUUUUCAAACCUCUCAAGGUUGUAUCAUUUGGAUCUAUCAUUUAAUAAAUAUCUACAAUUGAAUGUCCCUUCUGACUGGAUUCCUCCCUUUUAUUUACAAGUUAUGGGACUUGGGAAUUGUAGACUAGGGCUUAAGUUUCCAAAGUGGCUACAAAAUCAAACCAAUCUCUCACAUAUAGAUAUUUCCAAUUCGGGAAUUUCACAACCUAUUCCCAAUUGGUUUUGGAAUUUCACUACUCAGUUAGCCUUUGUGAAUCUUUCUAACAACCAAAUUAGUGGAGCAAUAGUGGAAGAUUAUUCAUCAAAGCUGAACCUUAGUGAGGUUGAUUUAAGUUCAAAUCAUUUUGAUGGUCCAAUACCAAGAUUUUUAUUCAGAGGGCAAGCAUAUCUUUCCAAAAAUGAAUUUUCAAGUCUAGAUUCCAUAUGUAAUGUCACUGACAAUUAUCAGCACUACUUGAGCUUUCUAGAUAUCUCUGAUAAUCAAUUGAUUGGAGAGCUUCCAAAUUGUUUGUCCAAACAUAAAGCCAUACAAAUUCUCAUUUUAUCAAACAAUAAGUUAUCAGGAAAAAUUCCUAAUUCUAUUGGCAAUUUAUCAUGGAUUAGCACAUUACAUUUGAGCAACAACAGUUUAAUUGGGAAACUGCCUUCAUCCAUGAAAAACUGUCGAGAAUUGGAAGUUCUUGACUUAGGAAAUAAUAGAUUAGUGGGGCCAAUACCGAUGUGGAUGGGGAAAAGUCUUCAACAACUUAUUGUUCUUAGCUUGAGAUCCAAUCAAUUUAAUAAAAAAAUCCCCUCAAAUCUUUAUCAUUUGGAACAUCUUCAAGUGUUGGAUCUGUCUUCAAAUGACAUCUCUGGAAGCAUACCAAGUUAUAUUGGUAACUUUACUUCAAUGAAAAAGAAUAAAGAUGAUAGUUUUAUUGACUAUACAACUAUUACUCAUUUUGCAAAUGGAAGCUCCGGCUAUGAUGAUCAAAUUUUGUUGACUUGGAAAGGAACUCUGUCUGAGUACAAAAGUACUCUUCGACUUGUUAAGAUGAUUGAUCUUUCGAGCAACAAGCUGACAGGAGAACUUCCAAGGCAAAUCGUUGAACUUAAUGGUUUGGUAUCUUUGAACUUAUCAAGAAACAAUUUAAGCGGGCAAAUUCCUGCAGAGAUUGGCAAGUUGGUAUCUCUAGAUGCUCUCGAUUUAUCAAGGAACCAUUUUUCUGGAAAAAUUCCUUCAACUUUAUCAGAAGUGGAUCGUCUCAACACAUUAGACUUGUCCAGAAAUAAUUUGUCUGGAAAAAUUCCAACAGGCCCUCAACUCCAAACCCGAGAUGAAGCUGCAUAUAUGGGGAAUCCAGAACUCUGUGGAUCCCCACUUCAAAAAAAAUGUCCAGGUGAAGAAGAACCUAUUACUCAGCUUGGUGGCCACCUAGAAAAUGAUAGCCAAGAUGCGUUUAUAAGCAAAGGAUUUUUCAUCAGCUUAGCACUUGGAUUUAUGGCUGGAUUUUGGGGAAUAUGUUGCACUUUAAUCUUCAAUAAGUCUUGGAGAUGCGUAUUUUUCAAGCUCUUUAAUGAUGUAGAAGAUUGGAUGUACGUAACUACAAGAGUGAUAAGGCGAAGAUACUGCAAUUGAUCAGAAGCUGACAGUAUGCCUUUUUGCAGGAGACAAAUCCUUCUUCAUUUAGAGAGAGUAGCACUUGUGGACUUUUCUUCAUAAAAUAUUCUCUCUGUAAUGUUAAACUAUGUUGAGCUUUUUGUUGUGUAAUGAAUGCUAAAUUGUAGUUUGUUUAUUAGUUGUCUUGUUUGGGUAUUUAAAGACAGUAAUGGCUUGGCACUAUGUGCCUGUAUCCGAUUUGCAGUUCUAUUUUCCUCUAUUAAUUAGUAUGUCUGUUUUAGUUUAUUCUAUCCUAUGUUGCACAAACUCAUUCUCAGCUCGGAAUGUGAAAGUAAAAUUCUUGUUUGGCUAUCUUAAGCUGAUAA